AUGAGUAUAAUGCAGUGAAAGUUAAUUCUGACUUCAUCGCCGAAUUUUCUAUGCAGAAAAGUGGAGAGGAAACAACGGACAUUAAAUAUUUUACUAGUGAAAAUGCGACGAUAUAUUUGUCAACGAAUUUAGAGGAAUGGUUUAAAGACAAUAUCAAAGAGCCUAUUCUUGCACAGUUAGAAGAAUUUCAAAAGGACUCAGGCUGGACUCUUAAAAGUAUCAUAAGUUUGUGUAUAAAUAUGAAAAAAUAUUCUCCAAUUAAAGGGUCUUCUUACAUUCCUCUUCCAAAGUAUAUAGAACGCAAAAAAGCGUGCGUCAAUGUUCGAAAUUAUGACAAUCAAUGUUUCAAGUAUGCUAUACUUUCAGCAAUAUAUCCUAGUGCCAGUAAGCCCAUCGAGUUGCUCAAUAUCGUGUGUAUGAAGUCAAGUUAAACUUUAGUGAUAUAGAAUUUCCAGUAAAGCUUAAAAAUAUUGUAAAAUUUGAAAAACUUAAUGAUAUUUCAGUAAAUGUAUACAUGCUGAAGCAAUAUGGUGCAAAAUUCGAAGUAUCACCUUGUCAUGUUACAUCUGAGAAGAAGGAUCAACAUGUAAAUUUGCUCUUGAUUCAAGAUUUUUACAUAAACGAAUAUGAAGAAAAUAAUCGUGAUGAUGAUGGAAGCUUACCUAAAUACCACUUAAAACUUACAGACUUGGAAGAAUUAUCUUUUCGAAGGGCAACGAUAUGUCAUAUAUGUCGAAAACCAAUCCAUGGUGAUGAACUUGCAGUACGAGAUCAUUGUCAUCUUACGGGACGUUUCAGAGGUGCAGCUCAUAAUUCAUGUAAUUUGAAUUAUAAGAAUUCGAGAUUUGUGCCAGUUAUUUUUCAUAACCUCAAUUAUGACACACACUUCAUUUUGAAUAAAAUCGUAAGAGGUCGUAAGAGGUCGUAAAUUCUUAACCCUUCCCGAUCUCCUGAGUUAAUCGGACCCUAUAGGGGUAAGAUUUCCCUUUCAUUCUUCCUCUUAGAAAUCAAUAAAAGAAAAGCAUUGAAAAGGACUCGUCCCAGCGUAUAGCUAAAACAGAGACAGAUUUUCUGCAGUGACAACUGAGAUUAAACUCUCGGAUGUUACAGAGAGACGUGACAAGGCCGUUAAGUAUAUGAAGCUUCUGGUAAGUUUUUUUACAAAAAAUCUCUUAAUAUAUUUCAUUGGAAAAUUGUUUUUAAUAUUAAGAAAAUGGUUUUCCAUAGCGGAGAAACUUUUUCAACUUAGACGCUCGACAAAUGGAGCGUAUGUGGCAAGUUCUUAGAGAGUGCCGAGAUGACAGUAAGGUACUUUAAGGUACAUUUUAAUU